AUGGCUAUCACCGAACAAGAAGCUGCCAAGUCGUCUCAUACCCAUCUUGUCAUGGUAAUAUUGGUGGUCUGUUUCGCCUUUUGCGUAUCAAUUCUGUUCGUUGCCCUUCGAUUCUGGUGUCGUUGUAUCAUUGGCCUUUCGUAUUGGGAUGAUGCUGCUGCUGUGAUGGCAUUGUUGUGUAUAAUAGGAAUGGGAUCGUGUAUACUUACACUUGUACCACUCGGCUUGAACGACCCUACUGGCACGCUGCCAGAGGACAAGACCACGCCAUUUUACAAGAUCGUAACGCUGUCCUACUGGCGAUCUGCAUACCUCGGGGCUAUAAUGGUGGUCGUACUCUGGAAUAUCUGUCAAAUUCUGAUAUUCUUUCUUCAAUGCGCCCCCCUCGAAGCCGUCUGGAAUCGUGAUCUUAGGAUGAAGUGCGUUACGAAUCGGCUAGAGCUUGCUUAUGUUUGUGCUGGAAUCAACAUCUUGACCGAUCUCGUGGUAGCUAUCUUGCCACUACCCGUUAUUUGGAAGCUCAACCUCCGUCGAUCUCAGAAAAUCGCUCUCUCAACUGUCUUUGGACUCGGAUGCUUUUCAAUCGCGCUUGCUAUUGUGAGGAUAAAAUGGGUAGAAAGGUGGUCGCUUACUACAUGGGACAUCGUCAGGCCACAGCUUUGGGCUUUGGCAGAGGUUACUUCAGCACUGGUCUGCGCGUGUAUCCCAACAUUCAAACCACUCCUCUCGAAAAUUAAUGGUAUAAUUGUUGGUCGAAAGAGGAAUGCUACAGAGUUUGUUCUCGAGGGACACAGGAGUGAUGUUGAGUUCAAUGCGGGAAGCAUCAAACAUAGUGAGGGCUUCAGUGAGAAGCCUAGGCAUGACAGGGUUUAUGGAAGCGAGACCUCAGCGGCAGUUGAGCAGCAUCCAUGGCUUAAUGGUAAUAAACUACAAAUUACAGAUGGCCUCAUCCGUCAAGAUACGGGGCGGCUUUUCCCCUAUAACCCCGAGUUUUAUAACAACGCGACAGGCCUAUACGGCCCUGGUACCAUCUAUUGUUGGUACAUGCUUCUCGUGUCUGUUCUCGCCAGCUGGGCCUUUUGCCUAGCGGACGAGGAUGAACCCAAGAAGCCAGGCCUUUCAAGCGAUCUUCUGGGAGCACUGGCGUACCCUGUAUUUGCCGCCACGGACUUGGUUGUGCAGUCGAUGCGGAUGCUAGGCAUGGACAAACGCGCACUGGCUAUCUUUUGUUUGCGAAAUCCAGAGGUUAAUCUUGACCUGUUUGGUCCCUUCAAUACCACGCAGCUCGAUCUGAACCAUAUUCCGCCUGACACGGUGAAACUGGGCCAGCGUGUCAUUGAUAUUACCGGGCCGCUUACUAUAUGCUAUUCCGCAACACCGUUUCUUCUUGUUCUUAUCAUUGGGUUCAUGAUUGAUGCCGACUAUGCACGGAAUUGGAAGCCUAAGCCGUCGGCACGCUGGGUGGUAAACAUAGCUUAUGGCUACAUCACACUGAUGCUCACAAUAUUCCACUUCAGUCUCGGUGACAUAGGAACCAGUUUCUUUAUCGCCCUCUAUGAGGCAAUGCUACCGGUGAUGCUAACUAUCAUCUACCUCUUCACCGCGUUCAUCGGCCUGGCAUUCCUUACUGGCACCAUCAUGCUGGUAUGGUCCAUGAUUGAACAGAACCACAAAGAUACAGUUGAAGCUUUAAAAGUUCUGGGAGGCUGUAUCUUUUUCGGCGGUAUGCUGGUUGUGCCCUCAAUGUUGAUGAUUCACCGAGACCGCAGUACUACGAUACCUGAUUUGGCAAUCAGGGUCAUUGAAAGGGACCAGUUGGCGACUCUGAUUGUCGGUGCUGUCACGUUGACCUUUACGAUAGUGGAUGUUUUUAGGAACUUUUAUCGGGAGAGACAUCGGACAGACGCAGCAGAUGAGGAGAUUCAAAUGCUACCAGCUGCUGAAGCAACCACUGUGCAUAGCUGA